AUGGUUCUCAACCUUCUCCACCAGUUGUCGCCGAUAAGACGACACAUCAGCCGCCACCGCGCGUUCGUCGUCGCAACCGGCUCAUCACUUCUUGCCUCGAGUAACGCACGUCAAUGCGUCUUCAUCGCCUCCGGGCUUGACUCAAACGCCCAGGCAAAGCUCGCUGAGGUGAAGGAGCAGAUGGGCCGUUUGGAGAGGAGCCUCGAAGAAGAUGUCGCACGCAAAACGGAAGCAAAUACUCGAAGCCCUUCUGAUUUUUCCAGGGUCAGCGCACUGCCUGGCCAAGAGCAGUCUAGCGACAAAGAAGACGAUGAGGAGACUCAAAAUCUGCGACCGACGCAUCUCGUUACCGAAGAUGCCACUUACUAUGAGCCCGACGACGAUGUCAACCUUAAUGAAGAUAUAGACGAUCUGGGUUUUCGCAUGGGCCGAAUUAGAAUCACAGAACGCAUUGGAGGACUUGUGCGCCCAAGAUUUUCCGAUGAACUUACUCAGGCACUUAAUGAGCUGCCAGAUUCAGAAUACCCUCCUCAGAUUAGUACUGGAGAGGAUCCUGCAGAUUGGUUAGCACCCACACAGGAUUACGUUGCCCCGUCUUCAAAUUUCAUGUUGACAUCGACAAUCGAUCAAACAUAUCUUGAGGCUCAUCUGCCCUCACGAAUGGUGGUUGACGAGUUGCUCGCUCACUAUUGGAACUUUGUUCAUAUUGUAGCCCGAACAGUGCAUCGCCCUUCAUUCGAGCGACAGUAUCAGAACUUCUGGAUCAGAGUAAACAUGGGCACGGAGCCUCGUUCAUCUUUCCAAGCCGUGCUCUUUGCAGCAUUAUUAAGCUCAGUCGUCUCCAUGACUGAGGGUGAGGUGCGCGUCAAGUUUGGCAUGGAAAAACGAACAAUGGUAGACAGCUUCCGUGAAGGAACCGAAAAAGCACUUGCUAAAGCCAACUUCCUCCGCACUACGAAACUGGAGACCCUCCAAGCAUUUGUGAUGUACCUUAUCCCCCUUUGUCGCAAUGAAGUAUCCCGCUCACACUCUGCGCUCACCGGAUCACUUAUCCGCUUAGCCGAGUGCAUGGGUUUGCACCGGGAUCCAACAGCGUACAGUUCCUCACCGGUCGAGAUCCAAGUACGGCGCCUCUUAUGGUAUCAAAUCUGUUUCUUGGAUCUCCGGACAUGCGAAGCUGUUGGCCCUCGUCCACAGAUUCGGCUCGAGGAUUAUGAUACCCGCUUCCCACUGAACAUUGAUGACAUUGAUCUCGACCGUGCCGAGCAUGGUGACAGCAGCGUAAACGUCAGUAAAGAUCGUAAAUACUUUACCGACAUGACGAUUUGUCGAAUGCGAUUUGAAGCGUACGAGAUGCAUCGUUUUCUUUGGAGUGAGCGACCAAAACUCGAUCGUAAGCGUGCUGACGGGAAACGCGAAAUCACAAUCACCUCCAUUCUGUCACGUGUUCAGUCUUUUCAGUCUGCUAUGGAGAAGAAGUACGUCCCCAUGCUGGACCGCUCAGAGUUGUUACAUGUUUUGGCGUCAGAGCUAUAUGGUAUCGUUUCGAAUCGCCUCUAUAUCUCGGUAUUACAGCAGUAUAUCACUUCUGCCCGCAGCAGGAUGCCGGAGCGCCUACGGCAGCUGACCAUGAGCGCAGCAACCAUGAUCUUAGAACAUGGAAUGGCAGUCGAGUUGCACCCCGCCCUAUCCUCCUGGUCAUGGAUCGUCGGGGCCCUCCACCAACACCACUGCGCGAUCCUCCUCGUGAACGAGAUCUAUAUAGCGAAUCCAGAGCCCGCCAUGGAACAGCGUAUCUGGAGGUGUCUAGACUACUCGUUUAAACUACCACCAGGCAUCCCCAAUGUCGAGAAGACAAGAAUGGUCCUGGAAGAACUCAUCGGAAAAACGAGGAAGUACUCAAACCUGAAAAGAGUACGAGUCCCGUCCAACAUGCCACAACCGUGCUCAGAGCCUAGACAACGAGUGCAGAGGGAAGAUAGAGAGCGUAGUGGAAGCACGCAAUCGAACCUGAGCACUCUUGGUCCUCUCUCACAUCUAUUGAACGGAAACAUGGUUACGCAAAACUGCACGCCGCCACCACGACCGCAAAGCCCACCGGCUGGAUCCGUAUUAGCAGCCGGGGUCAACACAUUCCCUGGUGCCAUACCGCUUUCGGAUUGGGGUACCUUUGAUAUGCCAGCGUCUGUACCCAUGUCUCCUUACGGUGGUAUCGCACCCACCAAUUGCUCUUUGGUGCCCCGUGCUGCACAGCAAGGUGGAAGCGAUGCCGAUAGUCCCAACUCGUUUAUUUACAGAGGUGAUGGGAUGGCUGGGAGGCCAACAUUCGGUAAUGACUUGGAUGCCAUCAAUGAUAUCGAUUGGAAUGACGUCGAGAAGAUGUUUGGUGGUGCUGAGGUUGGGGCAGGCAACAUGAUCAUCCCGCCUUUUGCCUUUCCGUCGUUCUCGACUCCGGAUUUACAGUGGUCAGCGCAAGAUCGGACAGAGUGA